GGUGGCUAAGGGAUUAGGUUUUCUUUUGCAGUGGAGUGAAUACCCGUACCCGGUUGUUGGAGGAAGAGAGCGGCUAGGGUUGUUGCUCGCUUAUCUUUUCGAUCGUCGGCCCCCGAAUCCUAUCUUUUAUCGUCAUUUUGAAGCAUCCUUCUAUUGUUUUUGAUGGAGAUUGUAUCGCUGCGGCGGCCUUGCUAGUGCCGAGGAUUAACCUGGUGCUGUUCUGAGGCCGGCGAUCUGAGCGGGACCCUGUCGAGAUGGCGACCGUCAACCCCUUCGAUCUACUGGGAGACAACGAAAACGAUGAUCCAUCGCAGUUCGUCGUCGCCCCUCUGCAGAAGGUGGCGGCCAAAAAACCCGCCGCGCCAGGCAUCACUGCUCCGACAGUGGCGAAGCUUCCCGUGAAACCGGUUCCCCCUGCACAGGCCGUGAGGGAGUCGAGGGAAGGCAGGAGCAAUGCUGCCCCUCCACGUGGUGAUGCUGGCCGUGCUGGACUUGGACGUGGAAGAGGUGGACGAGGCCCAAGUCGUGAAUUUGGGAAUGAGAACGUGAAUGGGUUUUCUAGGAGCUACGGUAUCGUUGGAGGUGGAGGUGGUGGUGGAGGCGAAGACGGUGAUGCUGACAAGCCUGAAAAGGCACGUCCUGCACGUCAUCCCUUUGGCGGUGGCCGUCGUGGUGGAUACGGGGGCCGCGGUGGCUAUGGUAAUGACGAAUCUGGAGGUGAUGAUGAACGGCCUCCUCGCAGAUUGUACGAGCGUCGCAGUGGUACUGGUCGGAGUUAUGAGGUGAAGCGUCAGGGUGCAGGUCGUGGUAACUGGGGAACUGUAGCUGACGAUGCACUUUCACAGGAAAAGGAGGAUGCCCUCAAAUCCUAUGAGAAGCCAACUGAUGGGCACCAAGAACGGGAAAACGCACCAUUAACAGAGGAGAGCAAGGAUAAGGAGGAUGCAAUUAAGGAGACUGAAGAAAAGGAAGAGGACAAGGAGAUGACUUUGGAAGAAUAUGAGAAAAUAAAAGAGGAGAAAAGAAAAGCCUUACUUGCAUUGAAAGCCGAGGAGAGGAAGGUUGAAAUCGACAAGGAGUUGCAGUCUAUGCAGCUACUAACAACAAAGAAAGAAAUGGACCCUAUUUUUGUUAAAUUGGGUUUUGACAAAGAUGCAGGGAAAAAGAAAGAAAAUGUUGAUGGUGAUGAACGGAGCAAAAAACCCCUGAACAUCAAUGAGUUCUUCAUGACUGGCGAAGGUAAGCAAUACUACAGCUCUGCUAGCCGUGGACGUGGCCGAGGAAGAGGUGACCGUGCACCAUUCAGAGGUGGUUUUGGCGGCCGAGGUUCGAGCCUCGUCGAUGCUGCUCCAUCUAUUGAAGAUCCCAGCCAGUUUCCCAUGCUCAGCGCCAAGUAGGUCAAAAUUUUAAAACAAUGGCAAUACCAAUCUGUGAGUUUUAGCUCAUUAUCUAAGACUGUGUUGCUUCCUGAGAAAUAACUUUGGGUCGAGUUGGUUCAUUUCACUUUUCAACUAUGUAUAAUGGAACUCUCUCGAACUGUGUUCCUAGGAAUGCUUGUUACUUUCAUUUAUUUAUAAUCUUCAACCUAGACUGAUUCUAUUUGGAUAA